AUGCGGCUCUCGGAAUUUAUGAUGCGGUCCGCAAGCCUCAUUGCAACAAAUAAUCUCCAAGGAGUUGAGAUUCCUAUGCAAGUUUCCAAAAAGUUAUCAGAACUGGAUAUUUAUUAUCUAAACAAUGAUUUUAAGGAUAUUAAAUUUUUCGAGUCAUUAGAAAAUGUUUCAAAACGAAAAAUGAUAUUCAUUGGAUCACAGAAAAUAGUUGAAAUAAUCAAUAGACUAAUCACAGAGUGUAUUAUUGGAGAAAAUUUAGAGCUUAUUUUUAAAAGCAGCGAACAAAUGUCUGAUAAACUCAUUUCUUUAAUUGAAACUCAUAAAAAGUUGUUGAAAUCCUUUAAACCAGAAUCGACAUUUCCAUCUAAGGAAAAAGCUUUGUCGUUUUCUUUUAAAAAUAUAUGCCGGGAAGUGAUGUUAAAAAACGAUUUUGUUUCCAGUUUAAUGGAAAAAAUUGAAAAAUCCAAGUUUAUUGAACUUCUAGAGAUUUAUCGUUCUUUUAUAAUUGAAAAGCUUGUGAUUUCUGCAUCCGAAGAAUCCGAAAAAAUAAUAAACAUGACAAAUCUUUCAAAUAAAAACGCAUCUGAAAGAACAAUACUCAAAAAACUAAAAGAUGAUGUUAAUCUUUUAGCUGAAGAAAAAGAAAAUGAAUUGAAAGAAAAAGAUAUAAUCAUAAGAAAAUUGCAGGCCCAACUGGAAAAUAUUCAGAAAUGUUCAGAUGAAUAUAUUCGACGUACAGUCGGAGAAUCAGAGCUUCAAUGUGAAAUCGAAAAGUCUGAAAGAGCUAAGAAAAGUGAAAAACUUGAAAAGGAACUGGAAACCGAAAAAAAGCAAUUAGAGAGCGCAAUUCAACGGAAUAAAAUUGUUGAGCAAAAUUGGAGAGGGGUUGGAAUUUUUGCAUUGUAA